GUUGUUCGUUUUGAUUGGUGGCUCUAGCCGGUGAAUCGGGGUGCAUUGGUUUAGUUGCACUGAGCGUGCUUUCUAUUGUUGGCGCGUUGAACGUGUGGUUUUAGUGUUUUGUUUUUCUAGUGUCCCGGUGUCCUCUGACAGGCUGGCCAUGAGCGGAGGCGUGUACGGUGGAGAUGAAGUUGGCGCUUUGGUGUUUGAUAUAGGCUCUUAUUCUGUUCGUGCAGGUUAUGCUGGAGAGGACUGUCCCAAGGUAGAUUUUCCCACCACAAUUGGUGUGGUUAUGGACAGGGAAGAUGGAGGAGCACCAAUGGAAAUUGAUGGAGAUCAAAACAAAUCAAGAGGACCCACAUACUAUAUAGAUACCAAUACACUCCGGGUACCAAGGGAAAACAUGGACAGCUUUUCACCCCUGAAAAAUGGAAUGAUUGAAGAUUGGGACAGUUUUCAAGCCAUUCUAGAUCACACGUAUAAAAUGCAUAUUAAGUCUGAAGCCAGUUUACAUCCAGUGUUGAUGUCGGAGGCAGCGGUAAAUAUGUCUAUAUUAGAGGUUAUGCUUUAUAUGAACAUUGUUUUCAGAGUUUUACUCUGUACAAAUGCAGAGAAGAAUUGUCUAGCUGACUCUCAUGGCCUCUUCAAAGUUUGCAAGAGGCUGUAA